AUCAUCACUCAGUCUGCCUCGAGCCAUCAGCUCGCGACGUUGGAGCUCCCGUUGGAAUUUUUUUUAAACGAUCACAAAUUGGUGGUUUUUUUUAAAUGAAAGAGCGGAUUCUCUGAGCUCUUUUUGGGGGAAACGUCUGGAAGAAAACAGCGGGAGUGACCUGAUCCACGAACCGGGUAUAAAAGAGCACAUUUCCAGGACCAUGGUGGUUCCAUAUGAAGGCCAGUCUUUCUCUGCACUGAGAAAGCGCUGCCAGCAGAAGGGCUGUUUGUUUGAAGAUCCUCUGUUCCCGCCAUCGGACAAGUCUCUGUUCUACGAGGGAAACCGCGUCGGCCAAGUUGUCUGGAAAAGGCCGGGGGAGCUGAGCAGCGACCCUCAUUUGUUUGUGGAUGGCAUCAGCGCGCACGACUUGCACCAAGGCCAGCUGGGGAACUGCUGGUUUGUGGCUGCCUGCUCCAGUCUGGCCUCCAGAGAAGCACUGUGGCAGAAGGUGAUUCCAGACUGGAAGGAGCAGGAGUGGGACAAGGAAAAGCCACAGUCCUAUGCUGGAAUUUUCCACUUCCGCUUCUGGCGGUUUGGCGAGUGGGUGGAUGUGGUGAUCGACGACCUCCUUCCCACAGUGAGCGGACAGCUCUUGUACGGUCACUCCAACGACCACAACGAGUUCUGGAGCGCACUGGUGGAGAAGGCUUACGCCAAGAUGUUUGGAUGCUACGAGGCUCUGGAUGGAGGCAACACCGCCGACGCUCUGGUGGAUUUCACCGGCGGCGUUUCCGAACCGAUAGAUCUAAUACAGAACGGCUACAAAGAGGAUGACGAGAAGCGAGACGAGCUGUUUGAGAGAGUCCUGAAAGUGCACAACAGAGGAGGCCUCAUCAGCUGCUCCAUCCGGGCAACCAGUGCGGCAGACAUGGAGGCCCGGCUGGGCUGUGGCUUGGUGAAGGGCCAUGCAUACGCUGUGACAGAUGUGCGGCGGGUCAGGCUGGGUCACGGCCUGCUGGCCUUCUUCAAGUCGGACAAACUAUCCAUGAUCCGCAUGAGGAAUCCUUGGGGGCAGAAAGAGUGGAAUGGACCCUGGAGUGACAGCUCUGAAGAGUGGAAGAAGGUCAGCAAAAGUGAAAGAGAGAAGAUGGGCGUCACCGUUGAUGACGAUGGAGAGUUCUGGAUGACGUUUGAUGACUUCCUCACUAACUUCACAGACCUCAUCCUCUGUCGUCUCAUCAACACAUCUUACCUGAGUCUCCACAAAACCUGGGAGGAGGUGGUCGUCCGUGGCUCCUGGCGGCGCCAUGACGAACCGCUUCGCAACCGAGCUGGUGGCUGCUCCAACAACAAACACUCCCACUUUCAGAAUCCACAGUACGUGUUCGACGUGACCAAACCUGAGGACGAGGUAAUGGUCUGCUUACAGCAGAAAGACCGCAGAGCCACGCUGAAGGAAGGUCGAGGAGAAAACCUGCCCAUUGGCUUCGACAUACAAAAAGUGGAGUUGAACAGGGUCUAUCGAAUGCACGCGGCCCAGCAGAAAGUUGGAGGCAGCAUCUACAUCAACUCCAGGGCCGUCUUCCUGCGCAUCGACCUUAAAAAGGGGCGGUACGUCAUCGUACCCACCACCUUUGAAGCCGGCCUGGAGGGAGAAUUUCUGCUGCGCAUCUUCACCGACGUUCCCUCAAACUGCAGGGAGCUGACUCUUGAUGAGCCUCGCCGAAGCUGCUGGUCUGGGCUGCGGGGGUAUCCGUCGCUGGUCACUCAGGUCUACGUGCAGCAGGCUAACGGACUGGCAGGACAGGACUCAGACAGAGUGUCAGAUCCGUACGUGAUCAUUCGCUGUGAAGGACAGGAGGUUCGCUCUGAUGUCCACAAAAACACCUGCAGCCCCGUCUUUGACACCAAGGCUUUGUUCUACAGGAAGAAAUCCAAGCAGCCCAUCAGCGUUGAGAUCUACAACCACAACGUGUUCAAGGACUCCUUCCUGGGCAAAGUGACGCUGCCCGCCGAGGAGGGAACGCUCCAGAAGACCUUUCACCUGAAGAACAAGGGCGAUCGCCAAGACAACGACCUCCCCGGUACCGUCACUCUGUCCAUCGAGACCAGCUCGGUGCUGACCAACAUCUGAGCCACCAAAACCUUUACCAAACCAACAUGGCCUCCUUCGUCUCUGGCUGCAAAUAUUCACUCGGAGCUGCAUUUAUUCAGCAGGAACCUGCAGAGGCCAUCAGUGAAAACACAAAAAAUGGUUUACAUAAGCAUUUAAAUAUACCAAUAAAUUCAUAAUCGUCUUAAAUCUACUGUUUACAUUAAAAGUAUUUCUUCACUCGUUUACUUUUUAGCAGCUAAUUUGCAGAUUUACUCGGUGUCUUGUGUCUUUUUAGUUUUAUACGUCAUAUUCCACUUUUUAAGCCUUCUCUUUGGAGAAUACACUCCAUUUACUUGAUGUGUCAAUCCAGCUGAGGCUUGAUCCUCCAGCGUGUAAAACUCCUCCUCCUCCAUGAAAAUGUUAAAAACCAACAGCAAAGCAACACUGACACCUGCACAUCGAAGAUGGAUAUUUGACCUAAAACUUUAACGGCAGCUUUUUUAGAAAAAGCCUUUAGCUCUGGUUUGAUUUAGGAAGAAGCCAUUAAAGAAAAUCUGCUGCUGUGGUUCCUUUCAAGGUAAAUGUACAUGAAGUAAUUUCACAUAAAAAUGCCACAUCCUCCAAUCAUGUCUUAACUUCAAUGUAUGUCAGUUUUUAGUGUUCUUUCUGCUGAACCUCGUUCAGAAAAAUCCCGACUGCGUAGUUCAAUCUGUACCAGCAGAGGGCGCUAUGCUGCAGACAACUCAUUUAGUUCUGUUCUGCCUUGUAGUUCUAAGUCUUGAACACAACAGAUAUUAGCACGAUAGCAUGUUAUAAGAGUAAAUAUUUUGUUUUGAUCGCACACAACGUUUCUGAACUUUUUCACUUUUGUGUUGAGAAUCUGUGUGGGUUCAACUUUCAAACCACUUUCCAGAGUAAGUCGGAGUCUCUCCGAGGUCUCGGCACAACUCAAUUUUUGUUGAGAAUGCUGUAAAUGUCCUUCAGCUCGACUGGAAGGUUCCAACUGAAACGGGCUGAAAGAUCUGCUUAUGUGCCGAUAUGUACGGCUUAUUUUAGCACAAUUAAAACGAUCAAAGAUCUUUA